UUCCACAGUAUUGGGUUGUUCUCUCCCUGCGAGCGUCGACAGAACCACCGCUUCGUGGGCGGAACGCUGCCCUUUUUCCUCGCCGCCCCAGUUAAUAUCAGCUCGCCUCGUUUUACUGCCACAGAUGGACACAGGCGCGUACGUGGUUUGGACGUUUGAAAUUGCGUUUAUUGUGGCUUCUGAUGAAGGUGUGUAGGUAAUACUUUAAGAGCCCUGCAAGACGCCAUGUCUGAAGAGGCAAAUUCGGAAAGUGACCUGGAGCCCAGCCUUAACAGUGAAGAGGAGAAUUUAGAUGAUGAUGAUGAGGAAGAAGAAGAGGAAGACGUGGAUGAAGAUGAGGAUGAGGAUGACAAUGAUGGAGACGAUGAAGAUGACAGUGUUGAUCGGCCCGCCAGUGCCCAGGAUGGCAGGGACUCCGCCUCAGCAACCUCCGGAGAGCCUUCCUCUGAGCCUCCUUCUCGGCCUGCAUCGCGCCCGUCCUCCGGGGCGCCCUCCAGAUCUCCGUCAAGACCUCCCUCCGGCUCUCAGCCUCCAAGCAGCCCCAAAAGCGCAAAGAGCAAAUCACCUUCCAGCAAAACCAAGAAACAAAAAUCCUCUAAAUUAACCAAAUCCUCCAAGUCUUCAAAAGGCUCGAAAACCUCCAAGCCAUUAAAACCUGUACACAUGAGGAAAAAUAUCAGAAAGCUGCUAAAAGAGGAUCAGCUGGAGGCUGGGACCAAGGCUGCUCAACAGGAAGAGAUGGAGAGGCGGAAACGUCUGGAGCAGCAGAGGAAGGACUUUCCCACACCAGCCCCAGUUGUCCCAGACUCUCAACUAGCAGUGGACACUGCUUUGCUUUUAGGAGAAGUAUCCCACCUUGUUCCGGCUCACCUGAUCAAGCAGGAUGUGAUUUGUCUGGACAGCAGCGGUGAUGAAGAUGAACAAAUGGAACCCGACUUGCCUGCACUUGCCAUCAGAGAUGAUAUAAUUGAGCUCAGCUCUGGGGAUGAGGAUGCCCUGCAGAUAAGCAGCGAGUCGGCUGAUGAGGACGCUGAUGGCACCACCGGCUCAGAGGAGAGCAGUGGGGCACAUAUCAACGAUGCUUUUAACCUGCCUGACGCCCAGGGUCAAGUGCUGGUUAACAUCAAUCACCCUGCAGAGGAGAAAGACAUUUAUCUCGCUCCACAGCUGGCCAGGGCUGUCAAACCCCACCAGGUCGGGGGGAUCCGGUUUCUCUAUGAUAAUCUCAUUGAGUCUCUGGAGCGUUAUAAGACCAGCAGUGGAUUUGGCUGCAUCCUUGCUCACAGCAUGGGGUUGGGCAAGACACUGCAGGUCAUUUCCUUCAUUGACAUCCUACUGAGGAACACUGAGGCUCACACUGUGCUGGCCAUUGUCCCAGUGAACACACUUCAGAACUGGCUGACAGAGUUUAACCUUUGGCUUCCACCUCAAGAAGCCCUCUCUCCUGACACUGACCCUACGCUCCUCGCUGGCCGAUUAUUCAAAGUUCACAUUCUCAACGAUGAGCAUAAAACAACACCGGCUAGGGCCAAGGUUGUUGAGGACUGGUCUAGAGAUGGAGGCGUGUUGCUUAUGGGUUAUGAGAUGUACCGUCUGCUGUCCAUGAAGAAGAGUUUUGUUACGGGCAAGAAGAGGAAAUCAAAGAAGCCUGCAGGACCAAUCAUCAUUGACCUGGAUGAAGAGGACAGACAGCAGGAACUCAUGAAAGGAAUUGAACAAUCCAUUGCGCGGCCUGGUCCAGAUGUGGUGAUCUGUGAUGAGGGUCAUCGCAUUAAGAACUACCAUGCCAGCACAUCGCAGGCGCUGAAGAACAUCCGCUCCCGACGUCGAGUAGUUUUGACAGGAUACCCACUGCAGAACAACCUCAUUGAGUACUGGUGCAUGGUGGACUUCGUCAGACCUGACUUUUUAGGCACAAGGCAGGAGUUCAGCAAUAUGUUUGAGCGGCCCAUUCUGAACGGGCAGUGCGUGGACAGCACACCUCAAGAUGUCCGCCUCAUGCGCUACCGCAGCCAUGUGCUGCACAGCUUGCUGGAGGGUUUUGUGCAGAGACGGGGUCAUGAUGUGCUGCAGGACCAGCUGCCCUCCAAACAGGAGCAUGUCAUCUUAGUACGACUGUCUCCCAUUCAGAGGGCACUGUACACUGAGUUUAUGAAACGCUUCAGAGAAGCAGGAAACAAUGGCUGGCUUGGUCUUAACCCACUCAAAGCCUUCUGUGUGUGCUGCAAGAUCUGGAAUCACCCUGACGUCCUAUACGAAUCCCUGCAGAAGGAGACCCAGGCCAAUGAGCAGGACCUAGACCUGGAUGACAUCUCUUCGCGUUGCCCUGCACCCGGUGCUGGCCUCAAGGCCAAAGUAGCCGACUCAAGCAACAGCAAAGUUAACAUCACCCUGCCACCACUCAAUCAUUCACAAGAAAAGGCCAAUCAAGUCAUCACAUAUGAAUGGGCUAAGAACAUAAUGGCACAUUACCAAACUGGACUUCUCCAAAACUCUGCCAAGAUGGCUCUACUCUUUCAUUUGAUUGAUGAGAGUGUGAGAAAAGGAGACAAGAUUUUGGUGUUCAGUCAAAGCUUGUCCACGCUGUCUGUCAUUGAGGACUUCUUAUCAAAGAGACCGGUGCCAACAGACGUCCUCUCAUCUGCCACGCAAAACCAAAACUGGAUUCGCAACCUCAAUUACUACAGACUGGAUGGGAGUACGUCUGCCACAGAAAGAGAACGACUGAUCAAUCAGUUCAAUGACCCAGAGAACACGGCAGCAUGGCUUUUCCUCCUCUCCACCAGAGCUGGAUGCUUGGGAGUAAAUCUAAUCGGGGCCAACCGCGUUGUUGUGUUCGAUGCCUCCUGGAACCCUUGUCAUGACGCCCAGGCUGUGUGUAGAGUGUACCGGUAUGGUCAAAGGAAACCAUGCCACAUUUACCGCCUUGUUUGUGAUUUCACCCUGGAGAAGAAAAUCUAUGACAGACAGGUCUCCAAACAGGGCAUGUCUGACCGUGUAGUUGAUGACCUGAACCCAGUGCUGAACUUCACUCGUAAGGAAGUGGAGUCAUUGCUGCACUUUGUAGAGGAAGAGCACGGUGCCAAUAAAAACCAUCUGGGAUCCUCGGACGACUUUGAGGAAGUGCUUUACCAAGCUUGUCAGCGGUACCCACACUUCAUCACCAAGCAACCUUUCCAUCACGAGUCUCUGCUGACGGACCGGAAGGAGUCGAAACUGACCAAAGCGGAGAAAAGAGCGGCCAAGAAGAGCUACGAGGAUGAGAAACGAGCUUCUGUGCCGUACUCUCGCCCUUCGUACGCAACCUAUUAUCCAACCAGUGAUCAGGUGCUCGCGAACAUACCAGCAUUUAACCAACGGGGCUGGCGUCCCAUGGCAAGGCCAGAUGACAAGCCUGUAGCAAGUGUCAGGCCCAUCCAGUCAACCCCAAUACCCAUGAUGCCUCGCCAGGUCGGCAUGGGCAUAGCGGGCUCUAGCUCAGCCGGCAGCCUGCCUGUCAACUUCCUGCAGAAAGCUGGAGUCUACGUGCAGAGGAUUGUAACCACAACCGAUAUCGUAAUCCCAGGAGCCAACAGCACAACGGAUGUUCAAGCUCGCAUUAGUGCAGGAGAGAGCAUCCAUGUCAUCAGAGGAUCUAAAGGAACCUACAUCAGGACAAAUGAUGGAAGGAUUUUUGCUAUUCGUUCAGGAAAGAUCAGUAGACCAACGCUCGGCGGCUCUGCUGCUUCAAGAGAUACCCAAGGAUCCCUGAUCCAUUCAGUGAGUAAUGGCUGUUCAUCCCCUUUUGAUCAGCAGCAGCGCUCCCCCAAUGAGGAACAGUGUUCCUCCCCUCUGAGCGCUGAGAUUCUCAGAGAACUCAGCCGCUACACUUCAUCUACGGGCGACGAAGCCACCGGCGUGGGUAACGAAUUGCCGUCGCCCCCACAUGUGUCGGCUGUUCCAGCAGGUGAUGGUGACGAUUCUCAAACCAGUCCGACUGGUGAUCCCGGCAGGGAGCGCAGUGACAACCUCAUGAGCUUGGCAUUAGAGUUGCGUGGCGCCAAACGCAGAAGUACUGAAAGCCCGGGAAGCACACAAUUAGGAGGCAAACGCACCUCUUCUGCAGCUCGUUUCCCCGGACUGUCCAUGGGCUCCAGUGGGCUCAGUUAUCCUCCCAUGGGUUUGAACUCUUCCUCUCUUCUGGGCAACCUAGGGCACAUGAGUCACCCACUUCUAAUGGGUGGCAGCGGUGGAUCAUCAUUCCUACAGACACCAGGACAAACACUGGCCGACCUACAGACUAUGUUCCCCUCUGCCGGCUCAGACCUCUUGAGACAGUCUGCCCCAGGGAAUGGACACCUUCCCAUCCCCUCCUCUUCCUCCCUGUCCACUGUAUACUCCUCUGCUUCCACCACUGCCCCCAUGUCAUCGACACCCUCAGCAGCAACUUCUUCCUCCAUGGCAUCAGGUUCUCUGCCACCAUACUUGAUGAACCCAAGCAUGGCUGGCCUGCUUUCAUCAGGCUUCCCCCUCAACUACAGUCAGUCGCUGCUGUCCGAGCAGAGGAUGUUCCCCACCUCUCUUCUUCCUGGGUCAGGGGGGUACCCUGACUCCAGUUCUUCUACGUCCAGCUUCCUCUCUCAUUACAAUCCCACCUCCAGCCUGUUGGGGGCAGCUCUGACCCAUCCGGACCGUCACCAGAUCACAGAGAAUGGCGGAAGUAGUUCGGAUGACGAUGUUAUAGAGGUUAUGGGACAGUAGCGACUUGUGACGUCACAGAGAGGCAGUUUCACACACAAUCUUGUUAAGUACAUACGGGAUGGGAAUAAUAACAUGUUUACAUAACUAAAUUAAUUAUUUCAUAGUAUCUACCCUAACUCAUAAACUGGUUAAAGAUGACCAGAGGUAUUGUUAUAUUUUGAAUGUUUGAGCAAAUCAAAAUGAAAGUGAGAAAAAAGUGAAUACAAAUAAUUGUGAGUAGCGAAAUUUGACAAUGCAUAAAUCACCUAAUUGUCAAGGAAAUGAAAUUCCCAUUUCUAUGGUCUCAUAUAACUUUUCUCACACACAAGGAAUUUUACCUGAGAGAGAAUCAAUGUGAACCUUCAUGACAAAGUCAAAGUAACAAAUCCUAAUGCUGAAUAUCCCAGACUUCACCUGGAGCAUCAGAGCAGUGGGAACAGACGUUCUGUCAAUUGGGGACCAGCUGAAGCUUUCGGUGGCUUUCUAAGCACAGCCCCUCCUUCUACAUUUGUAAGCAAGGCCUCGCUGGGCCGUUAGAUUUAUUCUAAUGAAUUCAGAUGGAAUAAUGUUAUUUAAAACUGUUGGGUUUUCUCAUCAUAUAUUUUGCUGGGAAACAGUCAAGUACUUUCAGAUAUGUAAGCCGAACUCACCUGCUGAACACUGAUUUACUUAUUUCAGUUUUUUAAGAAAAAGAAAAGUGGGAAAGCUAUCAAAUAAAUAGGUCACAGAGGCUAAAGACCACGGUGUUAUUAUCUGGGGAAAUCCAUUUAAUAUAUCAAGAGAAAAUCCUUCAGAGUUUACCUUUAACACAGAAACUUUAGGCUUUCAGAGCAUAUUUUAGUCUUUAGCAAUUUGAUAGACAUUGUGGCAUCCCCUGUUGAAAUGAUGUUAUGUGUGAAACAAUAACUGAACAUGUUGAUACUUUGUAAAUACCAGUCAUUAUCAUUGUUUAUAUUGCAAGUCGAUACUGUGCAGUGUGUAGAUUUUGGUCAUAGGGAGAAGGCUUAUUAUUACGACUAUCAUGAUGACAAACAUGCCUUCACACAAGUGCUGGGCAAACAAAUUUAUGUUCAACUUCGUAAUUUUCUUUCUUUUUUUUUACCAAAAUGAAUGUACCUUCAUAUCAACCUUUGAUAACACAGGGGCUGGGACAUGGAUUCAGACUGUGUCCUUUAAUUUUUAGCCUUAAAUAACACAUAGGGGUCUUUAGCAUCACAGAGGAAGAUCUACUGAGCAUUUAGACAAGUCGGUGACAAACUCAAAACACCAUUCUGAGGCAGAUUCAGCAUAAUUACUAAAAGCACUAGGUGUGGAAGCCAAAAGGAGCACAAACAAACCCAGUGUGUCCUCGGUAUAAGAUGAUUAUCGCUGAGUCAACCUACAUGACACGUCUUUUUUUCACAAUGACUUUUACCACAGAUCACUUUAACAGACUCUUGAGAACACGUUACCUAAACUGUAGAAACUGUUGCAUUUGUACAGCCUGAGUGUGUGAAACCUUAAAUCAAUGUAUCCACCAACCAUCAAAUCCCACCUGAAUAAGACUUCAAUACAACCACCAGUGACGUUGUAAGAAUGGUGUUGGGUGGUGUGGCGGCCUUACCAAACUGACAUUGCCAUCGUAGUGUACGUAGCGUCAGUAGUGUCGGUCAGUGUGGAUCUGCGGUGCUUUAGGGAGUCCAAGUCUUCGCUGUUCUCUGUAGCCUUGUUUCUGUGUUGUGAUGACACCUUGAGGUAUUUAGAUGUAGGAAGGUCCCUCUCCUCCGUUAAGUAAAUAGGUUAGAUGCAGUGUGGAAGCCUUUAGAAAACACUGGAUAACCUGAGACAACAGAUUAUUCCCUACGAAGGCUCAUGUCUGAGUACUGUUCACCUUUAGUUUAACUUUGUACCGGCUCCUUCCCUUCCGUCAUGGAUGAUUCAUUUUUUUAUCAUCAGAUGUCUUAGAAACUUGUUUUUUGUUUUGUUUCAAAUGUGAAGGUGGAGCUGUCACUUUGAAAAAGGAUCAUAUCUGGUACAUUAUACUGACCUUUAUUUUCAGUCUUCUUUAUCUGUUGGAAACACUACACAUAUGGAUCAUAGAAAUUAUAUCAGUAUAUAAAAGAAAUCCCCAUCUUACCCCAUUCUUGUCAAUUGUGUGCAUUUUUCAUGUUUCAGGGGAACAUUUCAUUUUUUAAAAACUGUUUUUUAUAACUUUAAUUAUCGGUGUUCGUUCACCUGACAGUUGUCUCCUGUAUUUCGGUGUAAGUCUGAAGUUUAUUUAUUUAUGUAAAAUAUACUAGGUUUGUUUUCUUUUUGCUAUUACUUUUUUAAACAUUUGUUCACUUUGACCCAUUGACGGCUGAUCCAGUAGGAAUUUCGUAUAUGCAGCCUAGAUCGAAGCAGAAAAAGACUGUGUUAUCAAUGUUAUUUUAACAAUAAAACGCAUACUGCAGUGUGAAUCAU